CUAAUGGCCAUGGGGCCCGGGCAGCGUGGUUGCUAGCUGCCUAGCUAGAUAUAACCCAAAGCUCACUCCACCACUCGUUCGACCAUGGAACCCUAGAUGAAAAGUACUACCCUCCUCUCCCAGCAACAAAAGAGAUCCCGAGAAGAGAGCUACAGCCACUUCCGGUGCGCAUAUAUUGUGUCAUCGCCGUCACCCAUGCCCCCGGCCGCAAAUGGAUCCCCCAGUCAUCCCUUAGUGUCCAGCGAGUGAGCGAGCGGCGAGAGAGAGGGGUGUCCUUGCCGCGUCCUCUCUUCCGUUCCUAAUCCCUUUCCGUGUUUGUGCUAGCUAACUAGCCGCGCGCGAGUGCGGCGUGCCACAGAUCGAUCGAUCAUAAAGCUAGCAAGCGGGGGAAGAUGAUGAACAUACCGGCUGCCGCGAACGCUUGCGAUGAGUUCCCCUACGCCCAUCACAACCCGGCUCCUCCUACUCUGCUCCCGAACAUGGAGCAGGAGAGCAGCAUCCAGAGGGAGCAGCUCGGCUACAACCUGGAGGCCAACUCCCUGGCUCUCCUCCCCCCGUCCAACGCCGCCUCCGCCCACCACACCACCAUCGCCGGCCACAGCCCCCAUGACAUCUUCCAAUUCUACCCUUCCUCGCAUUACCUCGCCGCCGGCAACCCCUACAGCCACUUCGCCGGGAGCACCUUCCAACCGUACUACUCGCAGGCGCAGGCCGCACCGGAGUACUACUUCCCUACCUUGGUCAGUUCGGCGGAGGAGAACAUGGCCAGCUUCGCCGCGACGCAGCUGGGGCUCAACCUCGGCUACCGGACCUACUUCCCGCCAAGAGGGGGGUACACGUACGGCCACCACCCGCCGCGGUGCCAGGCGGAGGGAUGCAAGGCCAAUCUCUCCAGCGCCAAGCGCUACCACCGGCGACACAAGGUGUGCGAGCACCACUCAAAGGCGCCGGUCGUCGUCACCGCUGCAGGCCUGCACCAGAGGUUCUGCCAGCAGUGCAGCAGAUUCCAUCUGCUGGAUGAGUUCGACGACUCCAAGAAGAGCUGCAGGAAGCGUCUUGCGGACCACAACCGCCGUCGAAGGAAGUCCAAGCCAUCUGAUGCCGAUCCAGUAGACAAGAAAAGGUCACAGACGAACAAAGCAGCUGCUGCUAAAGACAAAGCAGGAAGUAGCAGCAAGAACAUGGACAUUGGAGACGGGUUGGGGACACAAAUACUGGGAAGUGCACUCUUGUCCAAGGAACAAGAUCAAGCCAUGGAUCUUGGAGAGGUGGUGAAAGAAGCGGUGGAUCACAAGGGGAAGGCAUCAAUGCAACAGCAUGCACAUCAUCACGGCAUUCAUCAACAGAACCACCUUGGCUUACCUUUUCCUUCGUCGUCUGGCUCCUGCUUCCCCCAGACCCAAGCAGUCUCAAGUGAUACAACAUCAAAUAUAGCUCAAGUGCAAGAGCCUAGCUUAGCGUUUUACCAGCAGCACCACCAACACAGCAACAUCUUGCAGCUUGGGCAGGCUAUGUUUGAUCUCGACUUCGAGCACUAGUCAAUAUUUAAUCAUCUCUCUCUCUCUCUUUCUCUCAUGUGUGCGCGUACGUCCGAACAUUUCUUUUUGAAUUAUCUGU